GCCUCGACGUGAAGGUCAGAGGGAAGGACGGUGCCCCCGGCGCUGCCUCAGCACAUUCCCUGCCCGAUGGAGCGUGAUCGAUGGGGCUGCGGCGUCGGGGAUUGAGCCCAGACCCCCGGCCCGGUUGGGAUCGUGGCCCCCGCCCCAAUAGGGCACGUGGCUGGGCUGUGUCCGACCCCUUGGGGCACGUUGGGGGGGGGCUGUCCCGGUGCUGUACCGGGUGGCACCGUGGGGUUGGUCACUGCUGCACCUUGGGGGUCCCACUCGUGCCAAGGGCACAUGGAGUGUCUGAUAUGGGGGGGGGGGGGUGGUUACUUUCUGUGCCCAGCCACCAGAAUUGGGGUCCUGGCUGUGCACCCCCACGGGCAGCACCCAAAGGUGCCACAACAGCGGGUCCCAUCCAGCUGUGCCAGGUCACCCAUUCAGCUCCAUCCCCGUCCCCCAUCCCACACCAUCCCUCUGUGGGUCACGCUGACAUCGGGACUGUGCCCCAGUGACUUCCAGCUCUCACCCCAUUGGGGUACCCCCAUCAUGCUGCUGACCCCGCUCCAUACACGUCCCCCUCCUCCCCACCUCUUCGGGGCCAUUUCCUGGUGAGCAGUUUCCUAUGGGGCCGUACAUCCGUGCUGCACAUCUGGCGUCCAGCUGCCGGCCCCCAGCUCACGGGGCAGCCCCAUCCCGGACCGUGUGAAGGGGCUCCAGAUGGUGCCACGCUCCCAAGGGGGGGGUGUCUGGCGGGGGCAUUUCCCAGCCCUGACAGAUGGAACGGCCGCCGCCAGGAUUAGGGCUCCCCGAGGGCUGGAUUUGACACACCGGGGGGGCUCCGUGGAUGUGUCAGCCCUCAGCCCGACCCUUCUCUCUUCCUCCUGCAGCGAAGGCGUCUUCAAGUGCCCCGAGGAUCAGCUGCCCCUGGACUACGCCAAGAUCUACCCAGACCCUGAGCUGGAAGCCCAAGUGCUGAGCUUGGCCAUCCGCUGCAUCCACAGCGAGGAGGGCUGCCGCUGGACCGGGCUCAUCCGGCACCUGCAGCCCCACCUGGGCACCUGCGGCUUCAACGUCAUCCCCUGCCCCAACCGCUGCAGCACCAAACUGAGCCGUCGCGAUCUGCCCCAGCACCUGCAGCACGGCUGCCCCAAGCGCCGCGUCCAGUGCGAGUUCUGUGCCGGGGACUUCACAGGGGAGGCCUUUGAGGGCCACCAGGGAACAUGUCCCCAGGAGAGCGUGUACUGUGAGAACAAGUGUGGGGCACGAAUGAUGCGGCGCCUGCUGUCCCAGCACAGCCUGGCCGAGUGCCCCAAGCGCACCCAGCCCUGCACCUACUGCUCCAAGGAGUUUGUCUUCGACACCAUCCAGAACCACCAGUACCAGUGUCCCCGCUACCCUGUGCCCUGCCCCAACCAGUGUGGGACGCCCAACAUCGCCCGCGAGGAUGUGCCCACGCACCUGAAGGAGAGCUGCAGCACGGCCAUGCUGCUGUGUCCCUUCAAGGAGGCCGGCUGCAAACACAGGUGCCCCAAGCUGGCCAUGGGCCGGCACCUGGAGGAGAGCACCAAGUCCCACCUGGGCAUGGUGUGUGCGCUGGUCAGUCGGCAGCGGCAGGAGAUCCUGGAGCUGCGACGCGACGUGGAGGAGCUGUCGGUGAGCAGCGAUGGGACCCUCAUCUGGAAGAUCAACGACUACACCCGCAAGCUGCAGGAGGCCAAAACCCGCAGCAACUACGAGUUCUUCAGCCCUCCUUUCUACACCCACAAAUACGGCUACAAGCUGCAGGUCUCUGCGUUCCUCAACGGCAACGGGAGCGGGGAGAACAGCCACCUGUCGGUGUACAUCCGCGUGCUGCCGGGUGAAUACGACAACCUCUUGGAGUGGCCUUUCUCCUACCGUGUCACCUUCUCGCUGCUGGAUCAGAGCGACCCGUCGCUCUCCAAACCCCAACACAUCACCGAGACCUUCCACCCCGACCCCAACUGGAAGAACUUCCAGAAGCCGGGAGCGUCGCGGGGUUCUUUGGAUGAGAGCACGUUGGGUUUUGGUUACCCCAAGUUCAUCUCUCACGAGGACAUCAAGAAGAGGAACUACGUGCGGGACAACGCCAUCUUCAUCAGGGCGUCGGUGGAGAUCCCCCAAAAGAUCCUCAACUGAGCCCCCCUAUAAUGGGGGACACGAUGUGGUCUCCCCUAUAAUGGUGGGGGGACACAACGCGGUGCUGUCCGUGGUGCUGAACCCCGGGGGUGGGUGGUGUCCCUUUGGGGGGGUUUGGGACCCCUCUGCCCCCUUCUUAGGUGCCCGGGGGGGGGGGGUACAGGGGGCUGUGCCCCCCAUUUCCUCACUCCCCACCACCAGCCUUCUUGGGGACAUGGGGGUCCCCGCUGCCCAGAGCCAUAUUUUAUAAGCUGGUGCCCCCCUUCCCCCCCCCCCCCCGGCACCUAUUGGUUAUUUAUUACCCCAAUGCCCGUUCCUUGACUUUUUUGUUUUUCAAUAAACUCUUCUUGUAUUUAUUAGGA